GUUAUCGCUGUGAGGAGCUUGCGAUGGCAUUUACUAACUUCCGUUUUUCUGAACACGUGCAGUCAGGAUAUGUUUACAAGAUUUUUGGAGUUGUGUGAGCACGAACGGUUACGGUAAUUACCAUGGGGUACAAAUUGGCUCGUUCGAAGAAAAAUAAGGGGCGAACAUGGAAGAAAGGACAGAGCAGUAACAGUAACCCCGAGUCGAAGAAAUUCAGAGAAGCAGCAAAACACAGAUUCUUUAAUCAACCAUCAGGUCAAAGUUCACUGACAGUUGAAGCUCUGAGUAAACAUGAUGAAGAAGCUGAUGAUGAUAAGAUGUCUGACAUGGACGCCCAGACAGACACCCAGACUGUCGGUGCGAAGACAUUUAACACAUGGGCAACAAACUGGACAGAUUGUACAAAUAAAACUUUCAGUAAAGUUCAGCGAUACUGGAGCUCAAAUUCAGCCGUGCACAAAGAGGUGUUGGCAGUUCUGGCGGCCGUGACGGAGGUCAUCAAGCAGCAGGGCGGCCAGGAGACAGAAACAGAGUACUUUGCUGCACUGAUGACGGCCCUGGAGACAGCGGAAGGGGAAGAGUCAAUGGCUGCGAUUGGAUACCUCCUUAGUCUUGUCAUGAAAAGAGUUCCCGUACAAGUCUUGAGAAGUCGAUUCUCCCAAGUAGCCAAGCAGAUACUUGAUAUGCUUGCAAAAUACAGUGAUGCCAGUUCAACUUCAUUGUUGAAAUCGUUGCUUCUAAGUCUGGCAGCCGUUCUGCGAGUGCAAGAGGUCGCCGUGUGGUCGAACGCCUCUACACAACAGAUAUACACAGGGCUUCUUACCUUCAUCACACACAGGAAACCAAAGGUGAGAAAGUCAGCACACCAUGCGGUUAACAUCGUGCUGAAAGCCAGUCUGUGUAUGACCCAGGGAGAGACUCCGCCCCCCCAUCACCCUGUGGCCUCCCUCACAGCCAAGUACUGUGUGCAGCAGAUUGAGGAGAGUGGAGGUACUGGAGAUGCUGUAGACAGCUUGCAUGUGUUGACGCUGCUGAAGGAGAUAAUAGGAGAGUUCGCUCAGUCAAGCGUCAAAGUCGUUUGUGAGACAAUUCUCAAGGUCAUGACUGUCAGCAAUGUGCUGAUACGGUCGUGUGGUCUUCAGGCUCUACAUGGUCUGUUCAGUUCCCAACCUAAAUCUUCAUGCCUGUCCGCAGAGCUUAAUGCACAGAUCAUCACGGCUAUGUAUGACUACCAGCCAUCGGAGAGUGACAGCCAGCCGGUCCGAGCGUGGCUCGCCGUCAUGGAGAGGGCUCAUGUCAACCUGUACAGACUGGACCCACGGCUGUGUGUGAGUCAUCUGCCCAAACUGGUGUCGGCUUGUAUGGCCUGCCUCCUCUCUGACAGACUGGAUGUUGUCAAGUGUGCAUCUGCCACACUCAAGCUGUUACUACAAGAAUGUCUGGCUCCAUCUGGUGAUAUCCUGACUCAACUGGUUCAGACUGGAUCCAGCUCUCCUGUGCACAAGAUUGUGAAGGCCCUGGAGACUGGCCUUAGUUACCAGUAUCACUCCGCAUGGGGGCCGGUACUGCAGGUGUGGGCGGCGGCCUUCCAGGCAUUUGGGAAACAGUGUCACUCUCUCUUGAAGAAAUGUCUCCUGUCUAUGGCUGAUCUGAGGGAAACACCUCAUUUUGCCUACAGAGUUGACCUUGACAUUGCUCUGGGGUCAGCAGUCAAGGCCAUGGGACCUCGUCUCUUUUUAGACGCUGUACCUCUUCAGAUUUCUGGUGAUGGAGAUGACCCGGACUUCCCUCGAAGUUGGCUGAUUCCUGUGUUCCGGGAUAACGUUAGCAACACAGAGCUGGGUUUUUUCACGUCCUACUUCCUGCCUCUAGCAGCACGGUUCAGACAGAGAGCCCAGCAGUGUGCUGCGGAGCAGAAUGUCGUUGCCGCUAAAAGCUACGAGGCCUUACAGCAACAGAUCUGGUCCUUGUUGCCUGGAUUCUGUAAACAUCCCACAGACAUUGCACAGUCCUUCAAAGGCAUUGCGAAAGUACUUGGCAGCGCCAUAACGGAGAGGCCUGACCUUCGUAUGAAGGUCCUGGCCUCGCUGAGGUCACUCAUCACACAGAACGUGGACAACGACAGCAACAAGGCCGAGUUGGCCCGGUUUGGGAAGAACUUCCUCCCCAUCCUCUUCAACCUGUUCACACAGGAUCAGGAGAAGGGGGACAAGGCCCAGAGGCUGGCGGUGCUGGAGACUGUCCGAGCCUAUAUACAGAUCUGUGAUCAACAGCUAGUGGUAUCAUUUUUUGACAAGAGUUGUUCCAAGAUGGAUGAAGAGGACUCCACAGCCGUAAAAAAACUUGCUUUGACUGACUUGAUGAUAGCUCUACUGUCAUCUGUGGGUGAAGAUCAGCUCAAGACAGCUUUCGAUUUGUGUGUUCCUAAUCUGACGAGCUUGGACAAGACCCUACAGAAAAAGUCAUAUCGAAUCCUGCAGGAAAUCUGCUCGGGCAAGUCUCCUGCGAGUCAGGACUUUACAAGAAAACAUCUGAAGAAAGUCCAGAAAUUGCUUGUGACCUCAUUGGCCAAAUCCAGUCCAGCAUCCAAGGCUCCAAGGCUGCGAUGCCUCAUCAGUCUCCUGCAACAACUGGAGAAGCCGCACAUGGAAUUCUUCUUGGCUGUUGUACCUGAGGCCAUGUUGUGUACCAAGGAGAUUGCUGAGAGGGCUCGAGUGGCAGCCUACGACCUCCUAAUGGUUAUGGCAGACACCAUGGUUAGAUGGUACCCCGACAAGCCAGAGUCAGAGUCAGUGGGCAACCUGUUCAAGAUGGUGCUGGCCGGGCUUGCUGGGUCCCCGCAGAUGAUCAGUGGAACUCUCCUGGCUCUCACCAGGCUGUUGUAUGGCCAUAAAGACAAGGUGUCGAGUGACUUGCUGGACAUGCUGGUGGAGAGUGUGUGUCUGCUGCUUUCAUCCAAGACGAGGGAGGUGGUCAAGAGUGGACUGGGUUUCAUCAAGGUCAUGCUGUCGGCCUACACAGAGACCAGACUGGCAGGACAACUCAAGACACUGGUGUCAAGUCUGGUGGGGAUGAAGGAGGACUGUCGUCAUCACUGCCACACCCGCGUCAAACAGAUCUACAGCAAGCUCAUCAGGAAGUUCGGGUAUGACACAAUCCAUGGGAUGACCCCAGCCCGCGUCCACAAGCUUCUCAACAACAUCCGCAAGACACAGGAGAGAGCCAAGAGGAAGAAGUUGGCUGAUGACGAGGAGGAGUCAGAUGACGACAUGGGUGUUCCGAAGAAUAAACCCGAGAACGUGGAAGAUUUACUCCAGGACACAGACUCGGAGAUGGAAGAGGAUCAGGACAAGAAGAAGAAGAAAGCAGCCAAUCAGAAGUCUCGACAAGGGAAGGGGGCGUGGCUGAAAGAAGGCGGGGAUGACCAGAUAGUGGAUUUCCUUGAUGCCAGUGCAGCCAAGAAAGUCCUGGCAACCAAGCCAGGCAAGAAAACAGACAAAACCAAAAAAGACUCUGAUUUCAAGAUGUCUGCCGAUGGCCGUCUGGUUGUCACGGAUAUGGGUGAUGACAAAGGAGAGAAGAUGGAUUCUGCGGAUGAAGAUGACCUUGAUGACCUCUUCGCUGCUUUUGAAGGAGGAAUUGCCAAGCGGAGGAGAGCCCCCAAGAGGAAGCUGGAGGCUGAUUCAGAUGAGGAGGAGGAGCCGGGAAAAUCCAAAUACAAAGCUGGUGGAGGUGGGAUACACAGACCGCUCACAAAGACGGGUUCAAACCCUGGAGCAAAAGGAUUUGGCAAAGAAUACAAGGCAAAGAAGGCUGGCGGUGAUGUGAAGAAGACAGGCAAACACGACCCCUACGCCUACGUUGCCCUGAACAGACAGACACUGAAUAGAAGGAAGCAGGCCAAGAUGCAGGGCCAGUUCCAGGGGCUGGUUCGGGGGGCCCGGAAGGGGGCUGCCAAGGGGACGAAGAACAAGAAGAGGAACCACUGACCCGACAUGUAUACUUCUGUAAAUAAAUUUGAAAUAAAAAAUUAAACUCCA